UCUCAUCCGAUCUCUGGCAGCGUCACAGGCGAUGUGUCAUUCUACCCAGAUCUUGAUCACGGAACUCAUUCCCGCCUGUCAUGUAUUUCAACAAAACUACAAUAUGAUUAUAGAGAGGUUAUUUACAGCGGUUUAGGGAGCAAAAUAGCUGUUUAUUCCGUCAUUGCUUUUGCGGGGGGGGAAAGCGAAAUUGUCCUCAUUUGGACAUAAUGUUUACACUAGGUAAGAUGUCUCUUGUCGCUAUGGCUCUGCCGGUGGUCACCGUCCUCCUUUCCGUCUGGCGGGUGGAUGCCACAGAUGACUGCUUGUGGUAUGUGGACAAGAAUGGUACCUGGCACAACGGUGUCCCCUGUCACCUGAUGAGCUUCUGCUGUGGUAACUGCCACAAGCGCUACUGUUGCCUGGAUGGGCUCAAGAGGAUCACUGAGAGGGAACAGAAGCGCUGCAUGCUCUUCCAGUUCAGCCCCACCACUAUCGCAGGCAUAGCAUCGUCCAUCCUGCUCUUCGUGGCCAUCAUUGCCACCAUGGUGUGCUGCUUCAUGUGCUCCUGCUGUUACCUCUACCAGCAACGACAGCAGCGUGGCAGAACGCCCUAUGACGCCCAGCACAUCCCCAUGGCCAGCUACCCGGUGGAGCCCAUCUAUGAUGCGUACGGCAAGCCCCUGGUGAGGGGACACCCUGACUAUCCACACCCCGGUUUCCCAAUGGCAAGCCAGUACCCAGGCAUGCCCCAGCCGUACCCCAUGAUGCAGCCGGGCCCAUAUCCCCCGUACCCCAUGGUAGACCCCGGGUACCCUCAGGGAGCGCCCCCUCCCUACUCGCCACCACAGUACACCCCCCAUCCCGGUCACUGAUUGGAGGCCGGGCAUGUAAACAGCGGUGGGGAGGGGGGUAGUAGAAGGACCGUGUCAAGAAUAGAAGGCGUCCACGCCGAGGUCAUCGUGGCUCUCGGCUCUGCUAGUGGUUGCCCGGUCAAAGUCUACCAGAGGCACUUUAGUUUAAUUUAUGUUCAAUGCCCUUUCCGUGGAACAAAGCAUGUUUUGAGUUGGGUCCCGCUGUCUGUCCUUACACUGACCGUGAUUCCUACUGACAGCUUCAUGCGGACAACGUCCCAUCUUUCUGAGUGAGGUAAGCCCAUCUGAAUCACACUGACAUACAUCCAUUGCUAUAAGGGCAACCCAAAGCCACACUCUACAAGGGCACGCACUUCAUUUAACAUGAAUUAAUGUAAAUAAAACUUAAGGAAUGGGUAAAGUCUGCGUUCCUGUCUUUGCUUGGCUUCAAUUUGGUAUGCUAGCGCAUAACAGGGUGUAUGUGUGCUGAUUGUUUAGAAGUCAGAGUGCUGAGAGAAAUUGACAUCUCCCCUCACUCUGGUAGGUCCCUGCAAAAACCUCUAAGUACAGGUUAACGGUUAGGUCUUUUUAAACACCUCUACCUUCAGGUUCACAUUGUUAGGUCUAUUUAAACACCUCUACCUUCAGGUUCACACUGUUUGGUCUAUUUCAACACCUCUACCUUCAGGUUCAAACUGUUAGGUCUAUUUAAACACCUCUUGCUGCAGGUUAGCACUCUGUGGGGAUUUUUUUAGCAUCUCAUACCCCGCUUGUCUUCUUAAAUAGGAUAAUUAUAUUUCUAUUGCAAUGUCACUAUUGGUUCUGUUAGAUCCAAAUGUGUCAUCAUCCUUUGUGGUCAGGAAGAUGUUUAUUUGCUAGUGUUAUUGUGUAAAUGUUACAUUUCUGAAAUAUAUCAGGCUAACAACUUAAAAAUGAUCCGAGCCUCAUUGUGAAAUCAAGCAAAACUAUUUUAAUACAUCUGUUGUGAAACAUAUUUUGUCAUGUGUUGGAGGUUAACAAUUAAUGUCCUAUUGUCGCUUUAACAAGCAGACUGCAUUGGAUGCUACUUUAGAAAACAUUGUACCAUUACAUGGUUUGAGCAUUUACUUACAUGUUAUAUUUAUGAUUAUAGUAUUUCUCUGAGCCAUGUACUUUGAACUAUACAGUAAAACAUGGCAUGUUGAGCAUGUUAUACAGUUGUACAACCCUGUUUACAAAAACAUUGUGACGCUGUGUAAAAUGUAAAGAAAAACAGAAUGUAAUGAUGUGCAAAUCAUUUAAGCCCUACAUUC